AGCCGCGAGCCCUGAGUCUUGCCACGGCCACCUGAACCUGAACUCUAAGUGCUGCGGGUGGCCUUGGCAGGGUGGUAUUGGCACUGUGCGCUGCAGCCCACCCCUGCCUCGGGCUCCCUCCUGCCCCGAGAUCAGCGCCGAGGGAGCGGCGCCAUGGCCAUGAGCCUUUUGCAGGACUGGUGCAGGGGGCUGGACGUGGACAUGCACAGGGCCCUGCUGGUCACUGGCAUCCCGGAGGGCUUGGAGCAGGCGGACGUCGAAGCCGUCCUGCAGCGGACCUUCCUGACCCUGGGCACGUUCAGGCUGCGGAACAUGAGUGCGGUGAGCAACGAGAAGGCCAAGGCCGCCCUGGUGGAGUUCGUGGAGGACAUUAAUCAUGCCGCCAUUCCCAGGGAGAUCCCGGGCGAGAACGGGGUCUGGAAGGUUCUGUUUAAGGACCACGCCCAGGACACGAGGAUGCUGAGGCAGAUGAAACGCCUGCUGCUGGAUGAAAGGCCCGUGCAGGCCGCGCGGGCCACGGCCCCCGGGGACACGCCCGCCCAUGCCGUUUCAGAGCUGCAGGCCCGGGGGUCAGGGCAGGAGGCCGGGAAGGCCGUCCCCCCUAGUGGGGCGGCCGGGAAUGCUAGGAGGGGCCGUCGGGGUCGCAGAACCAGAACCAGAGCCAACAGGUUGACCCCGAAGGGCAAGAAGAGGGGCCGAGGAGGACGGCGGCCCAGCCCCGCUAGAGAUUCCUCCGACGAGGAGCUCACGGGCAGUGACACUUCAGAGACAGAGUCGCAGGAACACGGGGACCCAGAAAGAGAGGGGGCAGAUAGUCCUGAGUUUGUGGCCAUUGUGGCUUAUACGGACCCUUCCGACCCCUCAGCCCAGGAGGAGAUGUUGAAAAUCGCUGCUGUGAUCCAGUCGCUGGGCUGGAGCGACAAGAAAGACACACAGGAUGCCCUUGCCGAAGUCCUGUCCGUCAUGUCCAAGGACGCUUCGGGGACCUGGGUGAGGGUGGAGGAGGCAGGCCGGGAGGUGGACGCCAUGGUCCUGAGGAAGGCCGAAGACGACGGGAACCUUCUGGAAUGCAUUUCUACCUUGGCCGAGCCAGAGACCCCGUCCGAGGGGAAGCGGGCGCAGCGUGGCCUCCUCCGGGGCUGGGGCGAGGACGACGAGGAUGACGGGGGCCUCCUGGAGCUAGUGGCACUCCUGGCUGCCCAGGACAUGGCGCAGGAGAUGAAGGAGGAGAAAGAAAAUGCCUGGGAAGGCGGGAAGUACACGUACGCCAAAGGCAAGCUGGGGGAGGUCCUGGCCCUCCUGGCUGCCCGUGAGAACAUGGCCUCGAGCGAGGCGUCGGAAGAGGCUUCGGACCAAGGGUCCGAACAGGAGUCCGAGGACACGGAGAGCGACGAGUCGGAGCCCGAAGACAGGGCGUCCAAGAAGCCCCGGGCCAAGAGGGCGCGCACGGCCCCCAAGGGCCUGGCCCAGGCGGCCACGUCCCCUGCAGCUGCGCCCGCCCCGUUGGGGGCGCGCAAACCCCGCGGGGGCGGCCGAGGCGGUGGCCGGGGCGUCACUCCGGAGAAGAAGGGCGGCGGCCGGGCCUCGGCCAAGGACGAAGCCCCGGGAAACAAGAAGAAGAAGGGGCCCGCGGCCUCCGGGGCCCGUGCCAAGGCUGGCGAGGCCAAGGGUCAGCCACCGGCCGGCUCCGAGUCCGCCCGCGGGAAGAAGGCUCGUCGAGGCAGGAGGCUGCCCCGCAAGUGCCGCUAG